AUGCAGCUCGGGGGGGAGCAGCUGUUGGGCAGCGCGGCCGCCUUGCCCGGCGCGCCCUUCUACCCUCUGGACAGCGCCGGCGGCCGCCCAGGCCCCUCGGGCCGCCACUUGGGCUCCGCUUCGCCGCCGCGCCUCGCCUUGGACAAGGGCCACCCGGCCAAGAAGUUCCCCGGUGGCGCCUCUUCCUCGACGGGGCCCGGCAUGCUGAGCGAGGGCGAGGCGGGCGAGCCGCCGCCUCCCCCCUUCGCCAAGGCGGGCCCCGAGGGCGCCCGCAAGAGCUCGCCCGGCCCGCCCGAGGACGAGGCCCUGCAGCCGCCGCCGCCGCCGCCCGCCCGCUACUCCCUCGACGGCCUCAGCUCCCCCGAGCAGCAGCAGCAGCAGCGCUACUACCUGCCCUCGCCCGGCCCCCACAGCGCCGCCACGGCAGCCGCCGACUCGCUGGGCCCGCCCUGCGCCCUCUUCCCCUAUGCCGCCGCCGGCGCCCCAGCCGCCUCCAUGUACCAGCCGCCCGGCGGGGCGCGCUACCCCUACGGCUCCGUCCUCUCCCCGCCGCCCGCCGCCUUCUCGACGGCUGCGGCGGGCCGGGCUCCCUUCGCUGCCGCCGCCGCCGCCGCCUACCAGUACGGGCAGGGGGCGGCGGGGGCGGGCGGCCUGUACGGACCCUACGCGGGGGGCGGCUCUUGCGGGGGGCUGGGGGCGCUGGCGGGGGGCGGCGUCGGGGCGGGCGGGCUCCGCGCCCAGGUCUUUCUCUGCAACCGGCCCCUCUGGCUCAAGUUCCACCGGCACCAGACCGAGAUGAUCAUCACCAAGCAGGGCAGGCGGAUGUUUCCUUUCCUGAGCUUCAACAUGACGGGCCUCAACCCCACGGCCCACUACAACGUCUUCGUGGAGGUGGUGCUGGCCGACCCCAACCACUGGCGCUUCCAAGGGGGCAAGUGGGUGACCUGCGGCAAGGCCGACAACAACAUGCAAGGCAACAAGGUUUAUGUUCAUCCUGAAUCUCCCAACACUGGAGCCCACUGGAUGAGGCAGGAGAUCUCCUUUGGGAAACUGAAACUAACCAAUAACAAGGGAGCCAAUAACAACAACACCCAGAUGAUCGUGCUUCAGUCACUGCACAAGUAUCAGCCACGGCUCCACAUCGUAGAAGUGACAGAAGAUGGUGUUGAAGAUAUAAAUGACUCUUCAAAGACUCAGACAUUUAAUUUUCCUGAAACACAAUUCAUAGCUGUUACUGCCUAUCAAAACACUGAUAUCACACAGCUUAAAAUUGACCACAAUCCUUUUGCAAAAGGUUUCCGGGACAACUAUGAUUCCAUGUACACAGCUUCAGAAAAUGACAGAUUAACUCCAUCUCCCACGGAUUCUCCUAGAUCCCACCAGAUUGUCCCGGGAGGCCGGUACAGCGUACAACCCUUCUUCCAGGAACAAUUUGUCAACAACUUGCCGCCUGCUAGAUUUUAUAAUGGGGAAAGAACUGUGCCGCAGACAAAUGGCCUCCUCUCUCCUCAACAGAACGAAGAAGUGACCAAUCCCCCCCAGAGGUGGUUUGUCACUCCGGUCCAGCAGCCCGGGGCCAACAAACUAGACAUGAACUCUUACGAAACCGACUACUCGGCUAGUACUCUGCUUCCUUACGGCAUCAAAUCCCUUCCUCUUCAGACAUCCCAUGCCUUGGGCUACUAUCCUGAUCCAGCUUUCUCCUCCAUGGCAGGAUGGGGGAGCAGAGGCUCUUACCAGACGAAAAUGUCUACUGGCUUACCUUGGGCCUCCAGGACGAGUCCCCCGAGUUUCUCUGAAGACCUGCUCUCUAAGGAGAAAGUGAAAGAAGAAAUGGGGUCAUCCUGGAUAGAGACGCCACCCUCCAUAAAGUCUCUAGAUUCAAAUGAUUCGGGAGUCUACACCAGCGCUUGUAAAAGGAGACGACUGUCCCCCAGCACCUCAAGCAACGAAAACUCUCCAACAAUGAAGUGCGAGGACAUUAAUACGGAGGACUUUGGCAAAGACUCUUCAAAAGGCAUGGGCUAUUAUGCUUUCUACACCACUUCUUAAGAGCUUUGGGGGUCCUGUAAAAAUGUGACUGGCUGUAUAUAUAUAUAUAUAUUUUCAGUGGUGGUAUCAAGAUCUUUUGCAUAAAUGUUGCCAAAGGAACUUUAUUUUCCACCUUUAAAAUGUUUUUUUUUGUGCAAUUCUAUUGAAGGUGCCAAAGCUUUUGACUGACCUUUUUGCAGGUAAAAAUGGGAAGAAACAAAGUAGUGCCCAAAACCAUUUGGGUCUCUCCUUAAGGGUACUGGAUAGUCUGUAAGCACAAUCUGGACAUUGUUGGGGGAGGCUACAUUAAAGACAGAUGAUUUUUGACUAGCUGGCUUAAGUGCUGUGCACUA